AUUGAACAAAAUUACAAUUACCAGACCUUCAAUCCGUUUCAGUUGGGAAAUUCUGGCGAUCUCUCAGGUCCCAAAUGGUUCGAAUUCGAUACUAAAAUUCACAAAACUUCAACUUUACAUCCAAAUUUCUUCAAAUUCUCACUACCAAAAUCCCAAUUUCACUGUUCUUCUUCUUGAUCUGUGAUAACAUUCAGAAACCGCGGUGAAUCAAUCUCAAGCAACCCAUCACACAGCAAUGCAGAGCAUCAAACAGCUCCAUAAGCAAUCCAGCAUCAAUCACCGGCGGGAUGAAGAGGUUCCGCCGGCUCCAACAUCGCCAUAUUCCCCAAAAGCUCUCAAACACCCCAGAUCUCUCCCCAGAUCCAUCAACUACCUCUUCAGAGAGCAGAGACUUCUCUUUGUUUUUGUCGGCAUUUUGAUUGGUUCCACCUUCUUCAUCCUUCAGCCCUCGUUGUCCCGUAUUGGCCCCUCUGAAGCUGGUUCUGCAAUUCGCAGAUCGUUUUCUACAAGUUUGACGAGCAGGGACCAGGUUUCGGGGUCGGGGAUAUAUGGAUUCGGUAAAACAGGGGGAAGAGUUCCCGUCGGUAUUGGGCGCCGGAGGUUGAGGAUUGUUGUCACCGGUGGAGCUGGAUUCGUGGGAAGUCAUCUUGUGGAUAAGCUUAUUGAAAGAGGGGAUGAUGUGAUUGUUAUUGAUAACUUCUUCACCGGUAGAAAGGAGAAUUUGGUGCAUCAUAUGGGAAAUCCUCGAUUCGAGCUCAUUCGACAUGACGUGGUUGAGCCAAUUCUUUUGGAGGUGGAUCAAAUCUAUCACUUGGCUUGUCCAGCAUCUCCUGUCCAUUACAAGUACAAUCCUGUCAAGACUAUUAAGACAAAUGUAAUGGGUACCUUGAAUAUGCUUGGCCUGGCAAAGAGAAUUGGGGCUAGAUUUCUACUCACCAGUACGAGUGAGGUUUAUGGUGAUCCACUUGAGCAUCCUCAGAAGGAAACAUACUGGGGAAAUGUAAACCCUAUAGGCGAGAGGAGCUGCUAUGAUGAAGGAAAGAGAACAGCAGAAACCUUAACAAUGGAUUAUCAUAGAGGUGCUGAAGUCGAGGUUCGAAUUGCUCGCAUUUUUAAUACGUAUGGACCCCGUAUGUGUUUAGACGAUGGGCGUGUUGUCAGCAACUUUGUUGCACAGGCCAUUCGCAAACAGCCAUUGACUGUUUAUGGUGAUGGAAAACAAACACGGAGCUUUCAAUAUGUCUCUGACUUGGUUAAUGGACUGGUGGCACUGAUGGAAGGUGAACAUGUAGGGCCUUUCAACUUGGGUAAUCCAGGAGAGUUUACCAUGCUGGAGCUGGCCCAGGUUGUCAAAGAAACUAUAGAUCCAAGUGCAACAAUAGAGUUUAGACCAAAUACUGCUGAUGAUCCUCACAAGAGAAAACCUGAUAUUAGCAAAGCAAAGUCAUUACUCAACUGGGAACCCAAAAUUUCACUAAGAGAAGGACUGCCUCUCAUGGUGAGUGACUUCCAGAAGCGCAUUUUGAAUGAAGAUGAAGGUAAAGGUUACUAAUGAAGAAAAUUACAAGGAAUGAGACAUAGUAUGUAUAGUGAGAAGCAUCUGAAUCUUGUUGAUUCAUUCAUUCGUUGUCCAAAUAUCCUCUAAAUUCAUCUUCAUCCCACUAUAGGAACACAAAAAGUUUUUUGCUCUUCAUUACAAGCUUGAGUGCCACAUCCCUAUUUAUUUCUGUUCUUUUCAAUGCAUUUUAUCCAAUAGUUCUGUCCUGCUGGUGAAAAGGUCUUUCAGGCCAAUUUUUUGUUUCCUUGACCCAGCAUGUGAUUAGGCUACCUGAAGUUUGGUUGUUAGAAACAGACCGAUCUGUUUGUAUGGGCUUCCAGUGUCCUCUUUAUCUCUGGGCUUGUCAUUUCCACUUGCCCCAUUACACUACAUAUAUGUAUCCAUGCAAAUAAACAUCACAUACAUAUAUUGUAUUUGUCGAUAUGAGUGAUAUGAUGGUGUAGAACUGUUUCUUUAAAGUUUUGCUUCACACACCCAUCUAGUAUAAAUUUACUCUUCCAAUUUUGAAGUU